UCAUCAUCAUUGUUAAAUCUACAACAAAAUCAUCAUAAUCAUCAUCGUUCAAAACGAUUAUUAAGUGAUCAAUUUGUUGUACAAAUUCAUGGUGGUGAUGAAUUAGCUCGUCAAUUAGCUAAUGAUCAUGGUUUUACUUAUUUAGGACAUAUAAUCGAAGAUUAUUAUCAUUUAAUGCAUCGAAAAGUUGCAAAAAGAUCGGCUGAAUUUGUUGAUGAUGAUGGUGAAGAACAUUCAUUAACAUUUCAACAACAUCCAUCUGUAUUAUCAAUUGAACAGCAACCGAUUAAUCAUCGAACAAAAAGAGAUUUCAUUUCAAAUACACAUUUGAAUUUGAAUGCUGCACAUUCAGUAUCAAAUUCUCAUCGUUUAGAUAUGGUGCCAUAUUAUAUGAGACCACCACCACCACAACAACAACAACCACAACCUCCAUGUGAAAAUAAUUUACCAUUAUUACCAUUUCCAUUUGAUCAUAAUGAAUUUGUUCAAGGUGGUAAACGUGUUAAAUUUGAUGAUCCACAAUGGCCACGAAUGUGGUAUCUAAAUCGUGGUAAUAAUCUUGAUAUGGAUGUUGUUGAAGCAUGGGAAAAAAAUAUCACUGGUAAAGGUGUUGUUGUUACCAUUUUAGAUGAUGGUUUGGAAAAAGAUCAUCCUGAUUUGAUAACAAAUUAUGAUCCUGAUGCUAGUUAUGAUGUAAAUGGAUUUGAUAGUGAUCCAAUGCCUCGUUAUGAUAUUAUUGAUUCAAAUCGUCAUGGAACUCGUUGUGCAGGUGAAGUAGCAGCCAAUGCUAAUAAUAGUGUUUGUGCAGUUGGUGUUGCUUUUGAUGCAAAAGUUGGUGGUAUUCGAAUGUUAGAUGGUGAUGUAACCGAUGCUGUUGAAGCUAGAUCAUUAGGUUAUAAUCCUCAACAUAUACACAUUUAUUCAGCAUCAUGGGGACCAGAUGAUGAUGGUCGUACAGUAGAUGGACCAGGUAAAAUGGCCGUAAAAGCAUUUGAAAAUGGUAUCCGUAAUGGUCGUGGUGGUAAAGGAUCAAUUUUUGUUUGGGCAUCUGGCAAUGGUGGUCGUGAAAAAGAUAAUUGUAAUUGUGAUGGCUAUACUAAUUCCAUAUGGACAUUAUCGAUUAGUUCGGCAACUGAAAAAGGAUCAAUACCAUGGUAUUCGGAAGCAUGUUCAGCAACAUUAGCCAGUACUUAUAGUAGUGGUUCAUUUGGUGAACGACAAAUUGUCACUACAGAUCUUCAUCAUGGUUGUACAUCAUCACAUACCGGAACAUCAGCAUCGGCACCAUUAGCAGCCGGUAUCUGUGCUCUUGCUUUACAGGCAAAUAAUAAUUUAACAUGGCGUGAUAUGCAACAUAUCGUAGUAUUAUCAGCGAAACGUAAAAAUUUGGAAGGAAAUUGGAUGGAAAAUGGUGCCGGAUUAAAUGUUAGUCAUUGGUUUGGUUAUGGUUUAAUCAAUGCAAGUGCUAUGGUUGAUUAUGCUCGUGAAUGGGUACCAGUACCGGAACAAACAAAAUGUGUUUUCAACGGUAAAGUUAAUGAAUUACUUAAAGCCAAGAACACAUUAUCUUACGCACUGAAUGUAACAUGUAAUGGAUUAGCAUAUAUGGAACAUGUUCAAGUUGUUGUCGAUCUUACAACACCAAAACGAGGUGAUAUUGAAAUUGAAAUUCGUUCACCUGCUGGUACAAGAUCAACAUUAUUGACAAAACGACCGAAAGAUAAUUCAGUUCUUGGUUUUUCAAAUUGGCCAUUUAUGACUGUACAUUUUUGGGGUGAAUCACCGAAUGGUCAAUGGACAUUGUACAUUAAUAGUACAGGACGACAUAAUAAUACAUUGUUACAUGGAUGGAGAUUAAUAAUGCACGGUACUCGUGAAUAUCCAUUUGGACAAUCAUAUUAUCCGAAACGUUCGAAACCACAAUUAUUGAAUGAAAAAAAGACAGUGAUGAUGAAUGAAUUUGCUAAUAAUCAAAUUGAUAUACAACCAUCAUCACGUUAUCCAAAUCGUAUGAUAAUGCAUAAUAAUGGCAGUGAUGGAUUAAGAAAUAGAUUUUCAUUUUUCAACAACAACAACAAUAAUAAUAAUAAUAAUGAUAAUGGCCGAAUAUAUAACCAUAGUCUGACAUCAUUGUUCAAUAAUGGACGUCUAAAAAUGAGUGAUAAUCUGGAUCAACAAAAUAAUGGGCGGCAACAUAUACCAUAUAAAAAUUUGAAAAAAACGCAAUCCAAUCAACAUUUAUUACAUGGUCAAUCAUUACCCGCUUCGUCUGGUUUUGAUUCAUUAUCCUCGUCAUCAUCAUCAUCAUCAUUAUCGAUUAUAAUUGAGCUUUAUAUUGGCUGCCAUCUAAUAAUGAUUAUUUUAUUAUCAUUAUGGCAAUGAAUAUAAUUGUGUGCCUUUUUGCUUUCCCGAACGCUUAUCGCUGUUCGUUGAACGAAACUUGUGAUUUUUUAAUUUCCCAAACUUAUUCAAUUCAAUAAUGUAUGAAU